UAUCAAUGUGCCGCUGUCUGUCUGCUAAAAAUGGUUUUGGCUUAUAAACAAAAGUUUUGUUUUUUACAUUCUGUUUCUCAAAGGACAACUGUUUCUUGAUCUUUAAUGAAUUUAAUCUUGUAUCAAGUGAAGUUAGAGAAAUGGCCAAUUGUAGAAGUGUAGUCAAAUGAGGCUGCAAGAAACAUUGAUUAAACCAUCUGUCAAAAACAAUGGAUAGCUAUCGUCCAAGAGAAGUUUUCAAACCUUUGAAUUUGGAUACAGUGCCAGAAGAUGUUCAAAGAAUAGCUGAAUUGGAAUUACACGAGCGAGUAGAAGAAAUCCCAAAAUGUCUGGAUGUGUUGAGGGGUAUGGUAGAAAGAGAAAAAGACUUGACUCCUUGCCUGGAAGAUAAUUUUCUUCUCAUGUUCUUGAGAGCCAGGAAAUUCAACUGCCAAGCUGCUUUCAACCUCAUCAAGAGCUAUUACAUGGCCCCGGUGUCAUAUCCAAGCAUGUUUAAGAACUUCACUCCAAGUUCGUGUAUGAAUGUAAUAAAUGCGAAUCUCCAUUACUUCUUGCCUUAUCGAAAUGAGGAUGGAUGUGCUAUUCUGCUUUCAAGAUUUGGUCAGUGGGAUCCUAGAGCAAUAACCUGUGAUGAACUAUUGAGAUUUAAUAUUAUGUGUAAUGAAAUGGCGAUUAGAAAUCCAGUGACACAAAUUUGUGGAAUAAGUACGAUUGCUGACAUGAAAGAUUUCUCUUGGUCUCAUCUAUUACAGAUACAAAUUUCUGAUGUGAAGUGUUUUGUUAAUACCUUACAAGAUUGUUUACCCAUUCGGCAUAAAACUAUUCACAUCAUUAACCAUUCCAGCAUUUUUUCUGUUCUGUUUACUCUAGUCAAGCCUUUACUGUCAGAAAAAAUCAGAAACAGGAUAUAUUUUCAUGAUGAUGUAAGUAGCUUACACAAAUACAUCUCGCAAGAAAUUUUACCUGAAAGCCUAGGAGGGAGACUGAGUGAUGCUCCAAAUCAAGACUUCUAUAAUUCUCUACUAAAUCAUGAAGAAGCUUUUGUAACUCGUUGGAAUUUUGGUUAUUUGAGUAGAAGACAUUUAAGUAUAUAAGUUAUAAAAGGCAAUUUCUUUAGUUUUACUGUUUAGGUCUGAAACAUAAAUCUGCUUAUCUCCUAAAGUGGGGGAGGGAGGUAAGUUCACUUAUAAAAAAAUUAAUCAUCUUGACUGAGCUAAAAGAUAAUAUGAUAACUAAAUUUUUUAAAUGAGUAUGGCAAGGUAGAAAUGUAGUUUAGUGUGCCCCCGAGUUUGUCGCCAAUAUGGCUACUCAACGAAACGAUCUUACAGCAACUGUAAUGCUGUUUUGUUUAAUACUUUUUACAGUGAUUGAGUUAUACAUGAACUACAGCUGCAUUAUAUAUAAAAUGUUUAAUUGAUUAUUAUUUUUAAUUUAGUCUUGGAUAUAUUUAAAAAAUUUUAUUGCUAAUAAGACACUGCAAUAUUAUUUUUAAUGUGAAUACGAACAGAAAAUAUUUAUUCUUUUGCAAUACUUAGCUGUCAGUAUGCAUUUUAGAAAUCGUCUGAAUUAUUAAUUUAAGAAAUCGUCUGCAAUGGAAUUUCUUGCAGUAUUUGUAAUUCUUUUUCUGAUCUGACAGUUUCCUUGAUAAUUCAUUAUGUCACUAAUUGUUUAAGAAAGGGUGUGUGGUGAAUGGAAUGGCAGGAAAUAUUUUGAAUGGAUGAAGGGUGAGUGGAAUAUAUAUAUUAUGAGUUGAUGAAGUUGGGAAAAGGAUGCUUGCUUUUUUUUCUUUUGAUUGUGUAUUGUUCUUGUUAUACAUACAGCUAGAAUAACGAGCUAGAAUAGUUAGUAGGGUCCUGCUCUCGCUGCUAGCGAAGCCAUAGGAUGUUUUUUUUUUUUAAGUUUAAUAAUUCUACCCAAUGCCUUCUUCAGAUGCCGAAACAUCGCAUGCUCUAAAUUUUACUCUCUAACUAUAGACCGGUGCAGCAGGUUUGAAAAACUUCUUUAUUUCAAAAUUGUUAAGAUAAGCAGCGAUAUUGAUCUUAAAGGUUAAAAAAUAAUCUCAGAUAAAACAAUACUUAUUAAAGAUCAUAAUUUUAAUGCAGAAAGUGGCAACAGAACUAUUUUACUGAAGUUCUUGUUUAUUUUGUCUGCCAUCUUUAUUGGCAUCUUUGGCACAGCAAGGGGCACACUAAAUUACACUUUUACCCAUGGCAAAUGCACUUAUCUACCCUAAAUAUCAUCAACUAUUGAUGAAACAGAUGUCCAUUUGCUACAAAUCUAUGGCCUGUGUAUGUAGUAUAGAUGUAGAAAUUACCUUUUGUACAAACGGUCACUCAAAACUCAUAUUUCCUGCAGAUAUUCUUUCAAUGCAAUAUAUAGCUAAAAAUGCUAGAUAGUUUUGAAAUAAAUUAAGUUGUGCAUUAAAUAAAAGUAUCAAGUGAAAUGUGUAAAAGAGUGAACUUUAAAUGAUAAUACAUUACUUAACCUUCCUGUUUUAAAUUUUAUUUGUUGAAAAAUUUUUAAUUUGUGAUGUGAUUUUUAGAGCUUUUGUAUGUUUUUAUUUUCUGAUUGGAAUAAUAGUAAAGCUGUUAGUUAUUUUUUUUAAAGUACUAAUUUAACUUUUUAUUCUGCAUUCUUUAUAUUUAGCUUGUGAAUUAAUAUCUGAAAAAUGUUUUACAAAUAACGACCUUUGUUAAGAUUAAGAACCACUAACAUUCGAUUUUGUUUUUAAAACGAGUUCAAGAAAUUUUUAUUUUGGUUAUUUGAAAAUGCAACAUUGUGUAUUGUGCAGCUCCCUCAGGAUUUUCCUGAUUAAUCACUGUUCGUUAUCAUGUUUUUAAAUAUCAUUUUACAAGGGAAAAUUCUAUAAUCUGUUUUGGUAUUAAAAUGUUUUUUCACAAACAUAAAAAAAUUGAUGAUAUUUAUAUAUUUUUAAGUAAUUUAAUUUUUUCAGUAGUUGUAAAAUUAAAUUACUUAUUUUCUUAUCCUUAAGAUAUAAAUUUUUAUUCAAUUCAAUGAAAUUUGAUUUAGCCUUAAAUAAAAUUAUAUACAAUUAUUUUUUUAAAAAAAAUAUUCAGUGCUUUCAAUAGUGGAUACAAUAUUUUGAUUUAUUUUUUAUAAGUAAUCAUUAGUUUAAUAUAUUUUUUUUAUCUGUGAUAAUACUUUGUUUUGUAAUUUGUAUCAUAAUGUAUAAUUUGUAUAGGUUUUAUUUUUUAAAAUAUUUAAUUAAAAAUAUUGAUACAAAUUUGUUUUAAAUUAUUUUAAAAUCAAACAGCACUAUUUUAAAUGUAAUAUGUUGAUAAAUUUUAGAAUAAGUUUAAUGAGUUCUGCCAGUUUUAAAUAAUUGAUAAAAUUGUGCUGCGAUCUAGAAUCCACUCAUUUAUAUAGCAUGUUAUAAUCAGAUAAGUAGAACGAAACUACUGUGAAGCUUUUGACAAUGCUACUUCAAGUUGUUGUUUUUGUAAUGAAGGAAAAAAUAUCAUUGAAAAUGAGGUAUGUUGAUGCUAGAAAUGUCUGUAUGUAAAAAUUAAGCUUAAAUAAUAAUAGGUUGGUGAACAUACAUUUUAUGUUUUGUUUUUAGUAGAUAAAG